UGCGCCGAGCGCCGCGCCGCGCUCCAACCCAACCUCCCAGCCCAACCGAGCACCACCAGACCACGCUGGUCAAUACUCGCCCAGAAGCAGGCGAGGGAGGUCGAGGCCGAGGCACCAUGUGAGCGCGCCUCGCAGCGUCCCGCACCGUCUCGUUCAUGUCGGCCCGUGUCGCGAGUGUUUCUCUGCCGUCCCCCCUCCGGUCGGGGGCGUGCUCGUCCCCCGCGAGGACUCCACCGCGUCGCGAGUGAACGCCUGCCCGGGGACUGGACUACUGCCCCUCGCCGCCAAGGCCGGCAAGGGCCUCCCGGACCGGAGCGCCCUGGACCCGACGUGAAUGGGCAUUCCUCCUGUUAACCUCACUUUUCGUCUUGGUUGACAGUGCGCGGAAGGGGAGUGGUGGUGGUGUUGUCAGUGAGGGGAGGAGUGUGAGAGUGUGUGUGCGAUCAGACCCUCCGACUGUGUUUAGUGAUUGUGUGAUCGGCUGGUGUUUUGGCAACCCCACCAAGUGAAAGGAUACAUCGGCAAGCUCUCCCAUGGAUAUAUGGACGUUUCUUCUUGUUGCCGUAGCAGGCCAGUGCUGAUCUCGGCACGCCCUAGCUCAAAACUAUGAAGCGGUGCAGUCUGUUCCUGGUCGCCGCCGCAAUAUGUCUAGGCGCGGCCGGGACGGUCGAGGUCCACUUUGAGAACAAGGAUGGCGGCUUCUUCCUCAAGCAGAUCCCGCGCUCCUACCCGCUGGCGAGCGCGGGGGCGGCGGGGGCUGGGGCGGCGGCCGCGGCGGCGGCGGCUGCCGCGGCCGGCAUAACCGGCAGCACCUCCAUCGUCGGCGACCCUGACCAGGAUGGCGACGAGGGCGGCGGUGGCGGCGGCGUCCUCGGUGUCGGCUCCCCGCCGGGCGCCGGCUCCGUCCUCUCGGUGGACCGGUUCACGGUGUUCCAGACGGCGGAGCCGGUGUCGGUGCGCGCCUCGUACGGCCCCUUCUCCACCAAGCAGACCGUGCCCGCCAGGUACAUCGUCCCGGACCCCAUCGAGCAGCUCCCCGGAGUCGCGCCGGACGCGCCGCUCAACAUCUCUGCGCUGGGCGUGGCGCGCCACCUGGACAUGUCGGCGCACAUGGUGCGCGCGGACGUGGCGCGCGACCAGCCCGUGCUGCGCGUGCUGUUCCACACGGGCGGCGACCCGGCGGCGCGCCAGCAGCACGCGGCCCGCCAGCAGCGCGUGUGCAUCGUGCUGCACGCCAGCGUGCCCGGCCGGCCGCCGCUCACCGCCGCCUGCAGCCCGGACGGCGAGGACGGCGUCUGCCUCGCGCAGGUGAGUGAGGAACUACGCGCCCCGCGGCGAAGACGACAAACAACUCGGAGGGGACGGAAAAAAACAAAAACAAAAAGAAAGUGAACAUAUGAACAACCA